UCUCCUAGGCCCUGCUGUUUUCUGCUGCUUGGCCCCGCUCCAGUGCAGCUGCUUUUUAGAACCUUCCCUUUCCUUUUCACAGUGCCUAAGAUUCCCGAAGAGCCGAAGAAUUUUAAAAUUGUAUAACUUCGAAAACGCGUGGCUAGAUAAACUAGAGUUCAUUCUAGCGCAUGGUUGCUGUCCGUGGAAUUAGAUUUUGGAUUUUGAACUUCCGGGACGACGUGCUGUUCCGAAGCGUCCGACAGUGCAGUGUGGAGAGAAAGGAUAUCGGAGGAGCAAGUGGACAAAGGGCAGGAACAACGUCAAUGAGACGCAACACCGUCAGUCAAUGAGACGCAAGACUGUCAGACCAUCGUGAACAAUGCUGCCCAGCUACGGGCGCCGCUGUGGUGCCACAAUAGCAGCUGUUGCAUCAUUGGCGUUUGUUUUACUCGUACUUGCCACAGUUCCUGUGACAGCUGCUGGUGUUGGAUACGAGAAAGGACAACUGACGACAAAUUAUCCAGAAAUUACAACGGGAACAGCUACUAGUGAUCUAGACGAAUGUCUAGCCGGUACGCACAACUGUUCAUCGAUAGCUAUGUGUAUAAACUCCAUGCCUGGUUUCGACUGUACCUGCUACGCCGGUUACACGGGAUCUGGUGACAUCUGCCAGGACAUCGAUGAAUGUGUGUCCAUACUGGAGACGUGUGGACCCAAUUCACAGUGUAGCAACUUUGAUGGUGACUUUACGUGUUCCUGUCUCAGUGGAUAUGAAGACAGCAGCCCCUCAUCCACACCAAUCACUGACUGUACUAACAUCAACGAGUGCAUUGCGCUGAGUGCCAGCAACGGAGGAUGUGCCGUCCACGCAAACUGCACGGAUACUGACGGAUCUCGUCUGUGCACGUGUCAAGUUGGCUUUGUCGGCAAUGGCACAGUUUGUGAUGUCUGUCCAGCCGGAUUCUAUGGUAAUGGCACAGCUUGUCUGGACAUUGACGAGUGUGUCAGCAACAGUAACAGCAGUAGCAGCAACAUCAGCAACACUACUACCAGUGACAAUAGCAACAGCAGUAGCUGCAGUGCCAACGCCGUCUGCGUGAACACCGUACCCGGUUUCUUGUGUCAGUGUCUUGCUGGCUACGAGGCAGUCACACAUACAAUCUGUCAAGACAUAGACGAAUGUAGUACCACCUUCAACAGCAGCAACAGCAACGGUACAGGAGUGAACAACUGCAGUGUCAACGCUAUCUGCACAAACACUGUCGGCUACUACGAAUGCACAUGUUUAAAUGGUUUCCGUGGUAAUGGUGUGACAUGUCUUGACGAAAACGAAUGUACCGAUGGUCUACAUCAGUGUGCACUGCUCACAGCUACCUGCUCCAACACAAAUGGAUCCUACAUAUGUGAAUGUAUUGGUGGUUUUACUGGCAAUGGCAGUGUCUGUUCCGAUGUUCUUGAAUGCUCGCUUGGUCUACACAGCUGUUCAGCCAACGCCCAUUGUACGGAAAUAAUCGGAAACUACAGCUGUGAAUGCCUCAGUGGCUUUACCGGCAAUGGCCAAGUCUGCAUGGAUAUUCCAGAGUGUUCGUUAGGUACUCAUGGCUGUUCGGUGAAUGCCACGUGUGCGGAAACCAUGGGUAAUUACUCCUGUACUUGCUUGAGUGGGUUUACCGGGGAUGGACGAGUAUGCUCCGAUAUUCCUGAAUGUACAAUUGGUACUCAUGACUGUUCGCAGAAUGCAAUGUGUACGGAAAUCAUCGGUAACUACAGUUGUAAAUGCUUGAAUGGCUUCACUGGAAAUGGACAGAUCUGCAACGACGUUCCUGAAUGUUCGCUAGGUACCCAUGACUGUUCGGAGAAUGCCACUUGCCUUGAACUUGCUGGCAGCUACAAUUGCACUUGCCAGAGCGGAUUUAGUGGCAAUGGUCGGGUGUGCUCGGACAUCCCUGAAUGCACGCUAGGUACCCAUGACUGUUCGCCGAAUGCCAAGUGUACGGAAAUCAUUGGCAACUACAGCUGUGAAUGUGUGAAUGGUUUCUUUGGAGAUGGGCAAACUUGUGUUGACAUUCCUGAAUGUUCGUUGGGUCUUCACGACUGUUCGGAGAAUGCCACGUGUGUGGAACAUAUUGGUAACUACAGUUGCACUUGCUUGAGUGGAUUCACUGGCAACGGUCAAGUCUGUUCUGACAUCCCGGAGUGUAUGCUUGGUACUCAUGACUGUUCGCAGAAGGCCCAGUGUACGGAAGUCAUCGGUAACUACAGCUGCACUUGCCUGAUCGGGUACACGGGAACUGGUCAACAUUGCUCCGACAUUGAUGAGUGUUCGACAGGCGGCCAUGAUUGUGAUACCAUGGCAACGUGUACAAACACAAUAGGGAGUUACUCGUGUCAAUGUCUCUCCGGGUAUGCCGAGCCGGAUCCGAACAGCUCUGGAUCAAGCUCUGGGUCAAGCUCUGGCACUUCCAGCACAGGUCGUAUCUGUGAAAACAUCAAUGAGUGUUUGCUUGACGUGGAUACGUGUGACGGAAAUGCCAGCUGUGCAGACACGGACGGUAGUUACAUGUGUACCUGCAAUCGCGGCUAUUUCGGCAACGGCACCAGCGGCUUCUGCCAGGACAUCGUGGAGUGUAACGACACACGCCUGCACAACUGCUCGUCGGAUGCCACAUGCACAAACGUGGCCGGUCACUUCCUGUGUAUGUGUAACCAUGGCUACGAAGGUGACGGUGCCGAGUGUGGGAAUAUUGACGAAUGUACACGUGACCUGCACAAUUGCUCAGCGGUUGCAAUGUGUACUGACUCAGUGGGCAGUUACCAGUGUCAGUGCUUGAGUGGGUACACUGGUGAUGGAGUAUCAUGUAUGGAUGAGAAUGAGUGUAGUCUAGGCAACACCACUAAUAACUGUACUAGUGUCUCUAGCAGCUGUGUGAACACGGACGGUGGAUUUGAAUGCGCCUGUUUUGCCGGAUACACGGGCCAGCUUUGUGAUGUCGACAUUGACGAGUGUCUGUCUGGUCCUUGCUUCAACGGUUCCUGCCGGGACCAAGUAGCCAAGUAUGAGUGUGAUUGCUACAGCGGCUAUACGGGACCACGGUGCGCGAGUGACGUAAACGAGUGUGAGCAACAGCUGGACAACUGUACAAACGGUACCAGCAGUUGUGUCAACGUGAACGGCGGAUUCGUGUGCGCCUGCUUAGCCGGCUACACAGGAGUCGUGUGUGAUAUUGAUGUGAACGAAUGUCUCUCUGGGCCGUGCCGAUGGAAUGGCUCAUGCUCUGACCAUGUGGGCGGCUACAUGUGUCACUGUUUGCCUGGUUUCACCGGCCUGCAAUGCCAACAUGACGUAGAUGAAUGCUCAGUACCGACUCACAACAACUGCUCCACAAACACCAGCAGCUGUGUCAACACCGACGGGGGAUUCCAGUGUUCUUGCUCGGCGGGGUACACUGGACAGAUCUGUGAUAUUGAAGUUGACGAAUGCUCUUCCAGUCCCUGUAUCAACGGUACUUGCAUGGAUCAGAUAGCGGGAUACGCUUGCGACUGUAUCAGUGGCUACAAUGGCUUGCGUUGCGAUCACGAUAUACACGAGUGUCUACUCGGUACACACAACUGCACAAUCCAUGCCAGUGAGUGUGUCAACUUUGACGGCGGAUUCGACUGCAUGUGCUUCGCCGGAUACACAGGCUCGGUAUGCGAGGUCAAUAUCGACGAAUGCCUGUCAAUGCCCUGUUUCAAUGGCUCUUGUGUGGAUCUAGUUGCUGGGUACGCCUGCAACUGUUCAAGCGGGUACACUGGCUCACGAUGCCAGAGUGAUCUUGAUGAGUGCUUGACGGGCAUGCACGCCUGCUUCGUCGCUGGUAGUGAUUGUCGUAACAUUGUCGGCGGGUAUGUGUGUGACUGCCGUCCGGGGUACACCGGUGCAACGUGCUCGGUCGGCAUUGACGAGUGCGCCUCAAAUCCCUGCUUCAAUGGCACUUGCCGGGACCAUGUCAACGGGUACUGGUGUGAUUGCUACAGCGGCUACACUGGAAUGCAGUGUGAGAGUGACAUAGAUGAGUGUACCAUGGGAUUAUACACCUGUCCCGCCACCAACAGCCACUGCAGUAAUAUUGUCGGCGGGUACGAGUGUCCGUGUUCGCCCGGCUUCACUGGCCCGUCGUGUUCGGUCGGCAUUGACGAGUGCGCCUCAAAUCCCUGCUUCAACGGCUCCUGCCGGGACCUGGUCAACCGGUACUAUUGUGAUUGCUACAGCGGCUACACUGGAUUACAGUGUGAGAGUGACAUAGAGGAAUGUGUGCUUGGCUUAUACACCUGUCCCGCCACCAACAGCCACUGCAGUAACACGGUGGGUGGCUACGAGUGUCCGUGCUCGCCGGGCUUCACGGGUCUAGCAUGCAAUGUGGGCAUAGAUGAAUGUGCCUCGCAGCCGUGUGUCAACAAUGGGACCUGUAGAGAUCAGGUCUCAGGCUAUUCAUGUACUUGCACGGCCGGAUUCACCAGCGCACACUGUGACAUAGAUAUUGACGAAUGUUCGUCCGAACCGUGUGUCAAUGGCUCAUGUAGAGAUCAGGACGCAGGCUAUUCAUGUAAUUGCAUGGCCGGAUUCACCAGUCCACAUUGCGAUAUUGAGAUUGACGAAUGUUCAUCCGAACCCUGCUUCAAUGGCUCGUGUAGAGAUCAGAUCGCAGGCUAUGCGUGCGAAUGCAUUGCUGGCUUCACCAGUCAACACUGUGAUGUUGAGAUUGACGAAUGUUCGUCUGAGCCAUGCUUUAAUGGCUCCUGUAGAGAUCGGAUUUCUGGCUAUGCAUGCGAGUGUUUCAGUGGGUACACUGGACUUCAGUGUGAAAAUGACCUUCACGAAUGUCUGCUCGGUACGCACAAUUGCACGAACCACACCGGCGUCUGCAUCAACCUGGACGGCGGAUUUGAAUGCAUGUGCAUUCCUGGCUAUACAGGGCCAAUCUGUGACAUUGAGAUUGACGAAUGUGCAUCUGAGCCAUGCUUCGAUGGAUCAUGUCAGGAUCAGGUCGCAGGCUAUGUAUGCGAUUGCACGGCCGGAUUCACCAAUGUACACUGCGACAUUGAGAUUGACGAAUGUUCGUCCGAACCGUGCUUUAAUGGCUCAUGUCGGGAUCAGGUCGCAGGCUACACAUGCGAUUGUAUCAGCGGCUUCACCAGCCAACUCUGUGAUGUUGAUAUUGACGAAUGUUCGUCUGAGCCAUGCUUCAAUGGCUCUUGCAGAGAUCAGAUUGCUGGCUAUGCAUGCGAGUGUUUCAGUGGGUACACGGGACUGCAGUGUGAAAAUGACCUUCACGAAUGUCUGCUCGGUACGCACAAUUGCACGAACCACACCAGCGUCUGUAUCAACCUGGACGGCGGAUUUGAAUGCAUGUGCUUUCCCGGCUAUACAGGGCCAAUCUGUGAUGUUGAUAUUGAUGAGUGUACUUCAAGUCCAUGCGUGUAUGGUACCUGCAUCGAUCAGACUGCAGGAUUCACAUGCAGCUGCUUGACUGGCUUCUCGGGUGUACGUUGUGAGAGUGAUAAUGAUGAAUGUCAAACUGGUGCUCACAACUGCUCAGGAUUGGGUGGUAAUUGUGACAACACUCAUGGUGGAUUCCAAUGUACUUGCUUUGCGGGAUAUACAGGACCAGAGUGUAGUGUGACGAUUGAUGAAUGUCUGUCGGCUCCUUGUCAGAACAAUGGAACAUGUGUGGAUGAAAUCGCCGGCUUUAAAUGCCUGUGCAAUGCUGGUUACACUAGCACUAUGUGUGAUGUCAAUAUCAAUGAAUGUGCACCAAAACCUUGCCAGAACAAUGCCACAUGUGUGGAUGAAAUCAACGCUUUCCAAUGCCAGUGUCAUCCAGGUUACAACGGAACACUCUGUAGCAAUGACAUUAACGAUUGCUUCGGGAAUCCAUGUCUGAACCAAGCAACGUGUACGGAUGGUGUCGAUUCCUACGCAUGCACCUGUGCUCCGGGAUUCUCUGGCCUGUUCUGUGAGCAAAACGUGGACGAAUGUUCCUCUGAGCCAUGCUUCAAUGGCUCUUGCAGAGAUCAGAUUGCUGGCUAUGCAUGCGAGUGUUUCAGUGGGUACACGGGACUUCAGUGUGAAAACGACCUUCACGAAUGUCUGCUCGGUACGCACAAUUGCACAAACCACACCAGCAUCUGUAUCAACCUGGACGGCGGAUUUGAAUGCAUGUGCAUUCCUGGCUAUACAGGGCCAAUCUGUGACAUUGAGAUUGACGAAUGUGCAUCUGAGCCAUGCUUCGAUGGAUCAUGUCAGGAUCAGGUCGCAGGCUAUGUAUGCGAUUGCACGGCCGGAUUCACCAGUGCACACUGCGACAUUGAGAUUGACGAAUGUUCCUCCGAACCGUGCUUUAAUGGCUCAUGUCGGGACCAGGUCGCAGGCUACACAUGCGAUUGUAUCAGCGGCUUCACCAGCCAACUCUGUGAUGUUGAGAUUGACGAAUGUUUGUCUGAGCCAUGCUUCAAUGGCUCUUGCAGAGAUCAGAUUGCUGGCUAUGCAUGCGAGUGUUUCAGUGGGUACACUGGACUUCAGUGUGAAAACGACCUUCACGAAUGUCUGCUUGGUACGCACAAUUGCACGAACCCCACCAGCGUCUGUAUCAACCUGGACGGUGGAUUUGAAUGCAUGUGCUUCCCCGGCUAUACGGGGCCAAUCUGUGAUGUUGAUAUUGAUGAAUGUACUUCAAGUCCAUGCGUGUAUGGUACCUGCAUCGAUCAGACUGCAGGAUUCACAUGCAGCUGCUUGACUGGCUUCUCGGGUGUACGUUGUGAGAGUGAUAAUGAUGAAUGUCAAACUGGUGCUCACAACUGCUCAGGAUUGGGUGGUAAUUGUGACAACACUCAUGGUGGAUUCCAAUGUACUUGCUUUGCGGGAUAUACAGGACCAGAGUGUAGUGUGAAGAUUGAUGAAUGUCUGUCGGCUCCUUGUCAGAACAAUGGAACAUGUGUGGAUGAAAUCGCCGGCUUUAAAUGCCUGUGCAAUGCUGGUUACACUAGCACUAUGUGUGAUGUCGAUAUCAAUGAAUGUGCACCAAAACCUUGCCAGAACAAUGCCACAUGUGUGGAUGAAAUCAACGCUUUCCAAUGCCAGUGUCAUCCAGGUUACAACGGCACACUCUGUAGCAAUGAUAUUAACGAUUGCUCCGGGAAUCCAUGUCUGAACCAAGCAACGUGUACGGACGGUGUCGAUUCCUACGCAUGCACCUGUGCUCCGGGAUUUUCUGGCCUGUUCUGUGAGCAAAAUGUGGAUGACUGUCUGGGCGUGAUGUGUGGCAAUAACGGCUCAUGUGUAGACACGGUGAAUGGGUUUGAAUGCACGUGUGUAGCAGGCUUUACGGGUGUAAUCUGUGAAGUCAAUGUGGAGGAGUGUAGGAGUGCUCCGUGUCAGAAUAAUGCUACAUGCGUGGACCUCGUUAACGCAUAUCGGUGCGAGUGUGAGCCAGGAUUCACCGGACUUCAAUGUGAGGUUGACAUUGAUCAUUGCACGUCCGCGCCGUGUGUGAACAAUGCAACAUGCACGGACUUGGUCAAUGCGUAUCGCUGUGACUGCAUUCCCGGUUUUACUGGACUGCAAUGCCAAACUGACAUCGUCGAGUGUCUCUCCUCGCCUUGUGACAACGGAACUUGUGUGGACGGCAUUAACGGAUACGUGUGUGUCUGCAAUGGCGGCUUCACUGGUUUGACGUGUGAGAUCAAUGUUGAGGAGUGUGAGUCUGAUCCGUGUGUGCAGGGUACGUGUGUAGACCAGGUCAACAGCUACCAGUGUGUAUGUAGUGCAGGCUAUACAGGUGUGCUGUGUGAGGUCAAUAUCAACGAAUGUCUCUCCAUGCCUUGUGUGAAUGGCACGUGUAACGACAACGUCGAUGGCUUUACCUGUUCGUGCACUCCAGGCUUUACGGGUCUGACUUGUGCGGUUGACAUCAAAGAGUGUGCGUCCACGCCCUGUGUGAAUGGUUCAUGUAACGAUGCCGUCAACGCAUUCUCCUGUGACUGCUUCCCGGGUUUUAGUGGCAUGCUGUGCAACACCGACAUACUAGAGUGUUCCAGUGAACCAUGUCAAAACAACCAGUCGUGUGUGGAGCUGACGGACGGGUUUGCAUGCACGUGUUCUUUGGACUACUUUGGUGUGCUGUGUGAGAAUGUAAACAACUCGUGUACGGAUCCUGCACUGACUAUGCCCAGAUGCCUUAACAGUGGUGUGUGCGUUCCGGAGGGGAUUCCCCAGGACGGCGGCGGUGGUGGUGGUGGCAGUGUCAGUGUAAACAGCUACACUUGUGAGUGCUUACCUGGCUUUACGGGUGUGCACUGUGAGGUCAAUGUGGAUGACUGUCUUGGAAUGCCUUGUCUCAAUAAUGCCGUCUGUAUGGAUAUGGUGGAUGCAUACCAAUGUCAAUGCCAAUCUGGUUUUACAGGCCAGGAUUGUGAAGUGGACAUUGACAACUGCAUUGGCGUCAGCUGCACUGCUAACUCCAUGUGCCGCGACGGCGUUGACCAAUUCCAGUGUGUCUGCGAUGUUGGCUAUGUAUCCACCACUAUCAACACGGAAAUGCGCUGUACAGAUGAAGACGAAUGUAGUCGAGCAGGUGUGAGUGUGUGUCCACCCAACUCCAACUGCCUGAACACUAUAGGUAGUUUUGACUGCACAUGCCAGUCUGGUUUUAGUGGAGAUCGUUACAGUGGCUGUGUGGACAUCAAUGAGUGUGUGACGGGUGCACACGAUUGUGAUGUGCCAACCAGAGCGAGAUGUGUCAAUACUGCCGGUGGAGUCCGCUGUGAAUGCUUCAACGGGACCACUGGAAACGGAACGACUUGCUACCUGCCAGCUGCUGUUGAUCCUCUACCGGCCACAUUGCGCAAUGUCUUUGCCAGCACCGAAGUCAGGCUAACAUGUAGCUACCGAGGAUACCCGCAGGCUACACCGCGGUGGUGCAAGCUGAGCAAUGAUGACAUCACCAUGACAUUAUCGCAGGCUGCAGAUGGAUGUGCAGCGUACAACCCAUCGUGUCCGUACACGGUAAUGGACGACAGCAGCAGCACAACAACUCUGGUAAUAGGCUCGAUGCAAGACUGCCAUCGUGGACUAUACCGGUGUAUCGCCACCAAUAUAGCCAACCUGCAGGGAUCCCACUCCGAUGUAGAACUUGAUGUACUUGAUUCCAGUGACUUCAAGAUUUCUGGCAACUACAGCGGAGUGUCAAGCAGCAGUGUGGCUGCUGACGUACAACGGACGCUUGAACAACUGCUGCAGGCAAUACCGUCCGUGUCUGUUGAGUUGCCAUCUGCACAAGUUAUACAGUUCAGAACAAAUGGAGUUACACUGCAGAACCCGGUCUUUGUGGAAAUGGAUGUGCGGAUAUCCAGCAGUUCCGUAUCAGCAUUGUCAGGGAAUGGAUCUUUCGCUAACCGCCUACGCCUGUAUCUUGUCACAGAAAUUCAGGCUGGACGAAGCUCGCCUGCUACACUUGAUGCUACUUCAGUGUCUGUGCUCAGAUAUGAUGUAUGCCCAGCUGACGUCACUACUGAUCUCCGGGGCAGUGUAAUCUGGCCAGAGACAGUUCGGGGAACGACAAGUGUGCAAGCAUGUGGUAUCGUGGUGGAGAAUGAGGCAACACAGUUUGCCAGGCGUAUGUGCGUGUCCAGUCCCCCGAACCAGUCGUCCAAACGUGUUCAUGUCUACAUGGGCCAUGGCUAAUACCAGUGACUGUCCAUUCGC